ACGCUCGUUUGGAUAUUUAUCUAGUAGUUGACUGGAUCUCUUUUCUAUGGCCACGAUCCGCGACCCAAAAAUACUCGCCGAUUUACAGUUUGAGGCUGCCGCCUGCUUGAAGCUACUGCUCACUAUUCAGACGGAGGAGUUCACGUGUACGAGGACCUUCAACGAGAGGAUGGCCACCCACGACCGACUCAUCGCUGAGGCAAAUCGGCAGCGUUCUGAUGACACUCGUCUGGGCCUUUUGAUGGCAUUGACAUUCCUAGCGCGUUGUUUUUGUCAAGGCAUACAUGGCGACUGCGUCGCGGCUGUGUUUGGACAGCCAGGGCAGCAGGAGGCGCCGGAGAACGUAAUGGCUGAUGACGAUAUCCAAAACGACGGCAACUUUUGCGAAAGAGAUGAAGAGAUUGGAUCUCAUUUUUUCAACCCCGCAAUGGACCUACUAGAACUACCGAUAGAAACACCCUCCUCUGGAUCUGACGAUGACCUUAUUAUUGAUUUCGAACCCGAACACCUUCAGUCGCUGCACGGCUCAUUAACUGCGCUACUAUCUGCUGAACUUGAAGACGGCCUGGAGAUUCAGGAUAUCCCACCCUCGACUUCUCAUAAAACCCCGCUUGUAUUGAUCUUGUCUAACAACGAGGCUCAGAAUGUUCCAUCCUACUUCAAAUCGACGUCCGAGCUUGUGAAACAAGCUUUCUUGCACGGCGUUUUGCAUCCUGAUAUCACAGAGCAGUGGUUCUCCUUCAUCAUUCUAGGGCGGGAAUGCUGCUCAUCGUGGCUCGACGAGAGAUUCUUCCGUUUAUUGCAGAGCCUUUCUUUUGAAGACGAUGGCACGGCUAUUACAGGCACAGGACUUCCAAGUCGCGAUGUUGAAGACUGUAUUAAUGAAUGGACUCGCAGAGGCGGGACCGAACUAGAUGGCAUAGUUACAAAACAGAAGGAUGCGCUUGCCCAGCUACUUUCUCACUUUCCAUCCGUUGAUCGCGCCACCUUGGGCAAUACAGUUACCUGUUCGCUAUUUCGGGCAAUCGUCUCCCUCAUUCUUCGAUACCAGAACGGCCCCAGGAGUGUCAAUCUGGCAAGGGAUAAGGCGAAAGUUUCUGAUCAUUGUUUCGUUAGCCUUGUUCAAGCUAUGGCGGUCUUGGGAGACAGCGCCUUUAUGCUUAAUAUCGGUCAGGUUCCAAUGUCAGUCUCUUUGUCCGACUCAGAGCCCAAAAAUGUACGGCUUCGUCGCUUUCGACGACGAUGGUUACGUAUCGUUAGCCUCGUCCGUGGCGCCCGGAAUGUAGCCGAUAUUGUGAUUCCCAUGAUCAUCUCCUCCUUUGACUGCAGCGAUGCCCCAACGUGGAAUCGACCUGGAUUCGAAAACGAAUUCCUGACAUCUGAUAAAUACUUCCAGAUCCUUUGGGCUGAUCAGACUCCAGCACCUCCGCAGAUCAACUGUACGGUCUCUCAACCGCCGUCGCCUUUUGUAUUCAUCACGUCGAUUCUUCAACAGGGCCAGCCACCGAGACAGGAGGAGGAGGUCAACCGACUCAUGGAUGAAUGGAAAGACACACCCACACUAUCCGCUUGGACCCGAGAAACUAAAUGGGAUAUCAAGCUCCAUGCUGAGCUCCGACUGCUAGCCAGCUGCUCUGAAAUGGGCUUCAUCGUCGUGGAAAACACUCUGGGAGUUACGAAAAGACCCUGUCUGGCAUGCGGGAUGACUCUCCCCCUUCUCGCCCCCGAACUCUUCGUAUCGUCUGGGUCAACGAAACCAUUUGCUCUUUGGGCGCUUCCGGAUCAAUCUUUCAUAUCAACUUCGGACCUUCGCGGUAUCGUUGCAAAAUUAAAGGCCCUUUUGUUCGACGCCAUCAUCAGGGGACCGCCUGUACUUUCUGAGGUCGAAAUUAAAGCUCCUUUCGUCAUGGAACGAAAGCAAAACCUCUCGGACAGCAGUUACGGGAGUGUCCCAGGCGGUAAGGGACAAACAAUGUUGUUGGCCAAUGUGUAUUAGGCGAGACUUGAGUGCGCUGAUACUUGACGUAGGGAGGCUUCGAGCAUUCAUCCUUGGUAAGGUCGAGUCAAACGUUAGACCUUUCUGAUGGAUUAAUUUACUACAUACUUCAUUGUAAUGAGUCAACAAGCUGGCAUCUUGUCUCAGCGUCAAUUGAAAAAUGGCCUUAAUCCAGU